GUUGGCCCUCGGAACCUUUCGAGUGUAAUAAUCUGCACGCAGCUUUUUUUAUUUGUGAUUUAUUUUGUUCCGUUGCGUUACUGCCUAGUAUCAAUUCGCUGAUACCGCUUGAACCGAACCGUUAUCAUGGCCAUUAAAAGUUUGAAUUUCAUCACUGGUAACCAAAAUAAACUUGCGGAGGUGAGAGCUAUUUUACAAGGCGUGGUUGAGGUUGAAAGCCAGGCAGUCGACACGCCCGAGAUACAGGGAACAAUUGAAGAAAUUGCCAAGGAGAAAUGCAGACGCGCUUCAGAAGUGGUUGGAGGCCCUGUUCUGACAGAGGACACUGCUCUCGAAUUUUCUGCAAUGAAGGGACUUCCUGGUCCAUAUAUCAAAUCAUUCCUUGAUGCGCUUGGUCAUGAAGGGCUGAACAAAAUGCUUGACUCGUUCGGCGAUCGAUCUGCCGAAGCUGUAUGCACCUUUGCGUUCUGUUCCGGCCCUGGCUCAGAACCGAUACUCUUCCAAGGAAGGACUCCUGGCAUGAUUGUUCGGCCAAGAGGCCCAACAAACUUCGGUUGGGAUCCCAUUUUUGAGUACGAAGGCAAAACGUUUGCCGAAAUGACGAAAGAGGACAAGAAUAAGAUAUCUCACAGGAAUAAAGCUCUUGUUAAACUACAGCACUGGUUAAGUGAGGGGAAUUAGUACAGAUUCUUUGAAGAUCGGUAAACAUAAACGGAGAUUUCAGAUAGUGAGUGACCUCAAUUAUUGUCUGUCUGGUCAAUCCUCCAUCUUUCUACCCAACUUGAAAUCCGCGCACAAUUGUUGUCUACAUCGUCAUCUUUUUCACUAUUCAACUCGACGACGAUUUCUUCAUCAUAUGCCUCGCGAGCCUCCUCGACUAGAACACCGAAUAUCUCUGCAUCCAUGUUCUCUUGCAGCUUUUCCUGUUUAUAACCCCUUGUUGAGAGACGGUCAUAGAGAAUUGACGUAGAUGGACAUCGCAAAACCACAACGAGGUCUAUCCACGAUUUCGGAAACAGAUCACAAGCAUGCCAAUCGAUUAAAUAGCCGCCUUGUAAGACCUCCUCUUCAAUAGCGUCCAAAAGCUGCGAAUAUUAGAUUGGGUGGGUACAGUAAAGACAUGGAUCCAAAUAAGAAGUAAAAAGUAACAUUGUGAGUGUUUUGGGUUGUGGGAUAUCAACUCGGAAAAACAAGGUAAAAAAAAAGUAAACCAAGGUAACAAAAUAUGGACAACAUACUUU